AUGGAACUUUUAAAAAUCGAAUUUACCAAUUAUAACGGAGAAAAUAAAGACAUGAAAGAGUUUGAAGCAUUGACAUCUAGACAUUGUUAUUUAAUGGAGCAUGCGGAACUUCUAAUAGAUGUGAUAAGCUUCGUUUUGCUCGUGCAAUUGCUGAUCAGUUGUCUUAUUAUUUGUUUGGUCGGUUUCCAAUUAAUUUUGGCAUUGAAAUUACAUGACGCAGUGAUAAUAAUGAAAACCACAUCUGUGCUGAGCGCUCUAUUGUUACAAUUAUUCUCUUAUAGUUUUGUGGGCGAUUAUCUGAAACGUCAAAUGGAAGAUAUCGCGCAUUCGAUCUACAGCUGUAACUGGUACUACUUUCCAUUGAAAUUAAUGAGGAAUGUCUUAUUCGUCAUCAUGAGAUCGCAGCAACCUGUUCAACUGCUAGCGGGCAAAUGUGUCGUCGUAACCAUUGAAACUUAUAUGUCCAUAUUAAAAAAUUCCUUCUCAUACUUGUCCGUCUUACGAGUGAUGAUAGACUAG